AUGGAUUUGGAGCGUAAAAAAGAAUUGGAAGAGAAAAGGCAAAAACUUGUUAAACUUAGACAACAGAGAGAAGAGCGCAAACUCUUUAGUCUAAACACGACGUUAAGUGAGCCUGGUUAUAGAACUGAUCCGGAAAAGGAUCGUAAGAUUGAUGAAUAUGUUAAAACAUUACUAGCGGAGAAUAAAGUAGGGGAUAAAGAUAAGGAAAAAACUGAUGAAUAUCUUAGAACAUUGCUAACAGAGAAAGAUAAGGCAGCACGUGCUGGAACACCGCCAGAUUUUGACAAUUUUAAUAAAAGCAAAACUGAGAAGGGUAAGAAUGCUGCGCUUUAUACAUAUAAUUAUUCGUCUCCAGAUGUUGCACCAAAGGAAGUUUCUUUAUAUGAAUUGGGAGUACAAGCCGAUGAAACUUCCUUUGGACCUUCACCACCUUCAGAAGAGGAAAUUAGAGGAAAAUUCUUUGAAACUUCUACCAAACUCAUCGAUGAUAUUCUUAACGAACGUUAUGACCUUAUGAUAGAUUAUAGUCUUGUUGAAGAUGAAGAAAGCAAUGAGGAAUCCGGAAAUCAUGUUAAAUGCGUGUGUUCAUUUUUUGAUAACCGAUGGAGCAAAAAUCGUUCUGUCACUGACAAUCUUGAACAUGUUGUUGCUUCAUAUAAUAAAAAUUCGUCUGCAAAAUAUGAACCGGAUGGUAUUGUUUUGGUAUGGAAUUUACGCCAACCUGAACGUCCAGAAUUUGUUCUUCAUUCCCAGUCGGAUGUGCUCACAACAACAUUCUCCGAAUUUAGACCAGAACUCGUUAUUGGUGGUACUUAUUCUGGCCAUAUAAUUCUUUGGGAUACGAGAGCAAAAUCUUCUCCUGUUCACAAAACGUCUUUCUCCGUCAAUGGUCAUACUCAUCCCAUCUAUUCAAUGCAAAUUGUGGGUACUCAAAAUGAUCACAAUCUAAUCACUGCAAGUACUGACGGUGUUGUUUGUACUUGGCAUUUAGAUAUGUUGGCUCAACCAGUGGAACGUUUGGAAUUAAUACAUUCUGAACACAGUAAAACUGAUGAAGUUUCAGUUACUUCAUUUGGGUUCCCAGAUAAUGAAACUACGGCCUUUUGGGUCGGAACAGAAGAGGGUAAUGUAUAUCAAGUUAAUCGACAUGGACGUCCUGGAGGCAAAGCUGGAAUCAAUCAAUAUGACUUUUAUAAAGGUCAUUGGGGACCAGUCACUGGUCUUCAUUUCCACCCUAAUAAUGGUUCGGAUGAAUUUUCUGAUUUAUUCUUGACUUCAUCCGUGGAUUGGACUGUUAAGUUAUGGAGAGCCGAAUCAUUUUUAAAACCGUCAACACAUCCACAAAUCAUUACACCAUUACAUUCUUUCGAAAGUUCUGAUGAUUAUGUUUAUGAUGUUAAAUGGUCACCUCGUCAUCCAGCACAAUUUGCUUCUGUUGAUGGUACAGGAAAAUUUUCUUUAUGGAACUUGAAUAUGGAUGUUGAGGUACCAAUUGUUAGUACUCAAGUUGGUGAAGGAAAGGCAUUAAAUAAGGUUCAAUGGGAUAAAGAAGGGAGAAAGACAGUAAUUGGAGCUUCUGAUGGACGUUUAUGUAUUCCUCAAGAUGAUGAAAUCACGCUUUUGCAAAAGACAAUAUCAGAAUUAAAUGGUGUUAAUAUAAUGGAUAAUUUAGAUAGUUUUAGUACAAGAUUUACUCUUGCAAAAUAA